GUUGAAUAUCUUCCUACAACACAUCCAUAUGCCGCUUCCCCGAUUCUAUCCGAUUUUAUUGAGUUAAUCAUGCCAAAGGAUGCUGAUAUUAUACCAUGGGAUCAAAAAGGUGAUAAUUCUUAUAUAAAAGUUGGUUUAUCUGAUGAAACAUUUACAAGAAUUCAUACUGCGUAUCAAUAUAUGACGCUUGUUAAAUUGGAAAACUUGUUAUAA